AUGCCUGAACCCGCGAAGUCUGCUCCUGCCCCAAAGAAGGGCUCCAAGAAAGCCGUGACUAAGGCGCAGAAGAAGGACGGCAAGAAGCGCAAGCGCAGCCGCAAGGAGAGCUACUCGGUGUACGUGUACAAGGUGCUGAAGCAGGUGCACCCCGACACGGGCAUCUCCUCCAAGGCCAUGGGCAUCAUGAACUCGUUCGUCAACGACAUCUUCGAGCGCAUCGCGGGCGAGGCUUCCCGCCUGGCGCAUUACAACAAGCGCUCGACCAUCACGUCCCGGGAGAUCCAGACGGCCGUGCGCCUGCUGCUGCCCGGGGAGCUGGCCAAGCACGCCGUGUCCGAGGGCACCAAGGCCGUCACUAAGUACACCAGCUCCAAGUGAGUGCGAUGGCCUCAC